AUGGAAGGAAGAAAAAGUGUCGCAAACAAUUCGUCGACUACCUCUGCAGUUAAAGUUCCUACAACUUAUGUCUCACCAUUCUCAAAACCCUUACGACCUCCUAUAAUACCAAAGCAACCUCCUCAUACAAUUCAAGACAAAUUGUCCAACAAUAUGCAUUUGCACAAAGAAACAGCUCAGCCAACAGGUCAGGCAACAACAACUAUCGGAACAGAAGCAUUUUCAGAAGAAGUUCAUACCAAUCAGACUCCAAUCGAACAUACAGAAACACAACCACCCGAAAAUACAGAAACACAUCCAAUCGAACAUACAGAAACACAUUCUGCAAUGACCACUAGGUCGCAAACACGAUAUCUCGCCUUUAGCAAACAAUUUAAGUCUCAAAUUCAAGACACACAAGAUAGCGACACUCCUCUUUCAGAGAAAGUUCGUAGAAAAUACGCAAAGCAAAGGUUAGAAUUGUUAGAUAAGUUAAAUGAACAGUGGGGUUCAGAAGACAAUCGAGAUUAUAACGAGAUGUUUCAAGCUGUCAUGGAUGCCAUUCAGCCUCUUGAAAACGAAAUCAAAGACCCUGGCGUACUUGUUGACAUGUUUGCUUCAUAUUUACCCGUUACUGCCAAUCUCAUAGCGUUGCAAGCUAUUGACCAGUUCAUUCACUUGUUUCCAAAGAACUUGCAGAAGCAUUUACAAGAAGUUAAAAUUGCUGAAUUUGUCCGUUUAUAUCCAAAUUCAUACAAUUAUUUGGAAGAAUUGAA